AUGGGGCGAAGCAAGAAACCCUGUGAAAAGGAAACGGCGAAGCGUGCUAAGAAGGGCGAGCCAAGGAGCUGUGGCAAGGAGGUGAAGAAAGAAAAAUCCAAGGCGGAUGUGAGGGAAAAGGUCAAGAAGGAGAAGAAGCCCAAGCUUCUCCAGGUGAAGCGAGCCCAGCUUCAUCUUCGAGACCUGUCGGCUGCACAGCUCGCAGCUGUGAUUUCGGGCCUCAUGCCCCGACUCACUCCUCUUCAACUCCUCAAGAUCGGCGGAGAAAUCCUUCAGGCUCGGCAGUCAUUGACAACACAAUGGAAGCAGCAGUCCAUUAAGACUUCGGAUGCCCACAUGCAAGAAAAGCUGGACAUGAUGAAACGUGAGAACGGAGCUGAGAGAUUGUGGAAAUCCAGAUUGCUGGAGCUCGUUCGUUCCGAAUGGGCCAGUGUGGAUGCAGCGAAGCGGCAGGAGAGGGAGAAGGCUCUGACUCAGAAGCUUGUUGAGUGGCAGGGUCUCGUUGAAAAAGAGAUGACAACUCUGAACGGGUCGUCUCCGGCCCCUCGGAAGAAGCCAAGGGUCAACGAGGGUCCAGUGUCGGACGGGCGGACAAAUGCGCCCGGAUCCGGGUCGCGAACAGGUGAUGAUUUGGAGGCCCGCCCUAGUCGCGAGUUCCGGGCCAAGACGGAGGCUAAGGAAGCUGCUUCAGAAGACUCAGAUGAUGAUGCGGAUCUCUUUGACAAGCGGUUCCAGCGACGUGGCCCGGCGAGUCGGGCACCGUCCAAGGAGGAUCCCAAUGACAACGACAGUCAGCUUUCUGGCGCUUUCGGCAAGGACGGUUUCAGGACGGGCAUGUCCAAUGCAGAUGCGGGCCCCGAGUGGUUGACUUCUGUGGAGUCGCAUGUGAUCAAGUUUUUGCGACAGCCUUCGGAUCGUGCUUUGUUCGGGCAGAUUUUGAUGGCAGAUGGCCUGGAUGUUUCGAGGCCGCAUAUUACAAAUUUCCAAGUCCCAGGAAAUUAA